UAGGACAAUCCCAUAAUGAGGUGAAAGUAGCAUUGUAUCGUCAAUGCAAGAUGGACUGGGGAUAUAGUUUGUGCUCAAACACAAAUUACAAUUGCAUUUUAUGCAUCUAAACAAUGUAAUAUAUUUUCUUGGAAAUCUGUAAUCUUUAAUCCAGUACUUGAGUGCGGUGUGUAGUAAAGAUAAUACUCUAGUUUAUUACGGACUAUAUCUGCUAUCUAAAAUAUUAGUGAAGAACUCAAUAAAGAUUUUUUUUGAGUUAUAUGUUCUGAAGAAAAUACCUGCCGACAACUGUGAAAAGUUUCUGCACACCCUUGUGUUUAUCUUUUUGCAGCAGCUUCUGCUUCAUUAUUAACGUUUCGCGGUGCAUAGGAAAAGCGAUGCAGUUUUAAUUCAGUAUUGUACUUUUGGUUGCAGUGAACGUUAGUACUACGUUAUAAGACGCUGAGUAGUGGCAGGAUAAUAAAGGAUAAGACAACAGUCAUUUAGUGUAUUAACGAGAGGACAAAACUUUCAUUUGUUCAAUGGGGAGUAUUGGUGUGACCGUUACGCUAUCGGAUAUGGAUAAAAAUCUGGAAGGAAAACCAAAGGACAGAAAUGACCCCAAGGUUCUUGACGACCCAGUGCAAAAUGCAAUGGGUCAACUGGGACGAUGGCACAUUGUUAUCUGCAGUGCCCUAUUUUUCGUGAAAUUUCCAGUAGCCAUGCACAAUAUGGCAAUUAUAUUUCUUUCGCCACCCCCGUCUUUUCGAUGUGUCUCACCGCCUGGUAUUAGCGAUGGAUGUUCAGCGGAUUGCAAGCAGGUGGAGUAUAACCGGACAGUCUUCACAGAAACUAUAAUCACUCAAUGGGAUUUGAUAUGUGACAAGAGCCAACUGGCAAACUUAUCGCAGACCAUAUUCAUGCUGGGCGUGCUCAUUGGGAAUUUCGGCUUUGGUGUCUGGUCUGAUAAGAAGGGACGGCGUCCUCCAUUUUUAGCUGCUAUCGUUCUGCAAUUAGUUGCUGGUACCUUGGCUGCUUUCGCUCCAUGGUUUUGGCUCUUUUGUAUCUUGAGAUUCAUCACUGCUGCAGCUACGGGAGGAACAAUGUGCACAGGGCUAGUUAUCGUCAUGGAAAUCAUCGGAAAGAAAUGGCGUGAACUAUUCUCAGUUCUAUACCAAGUUCCAUUUUUCCUUGGGCAUCUGUGCUUACCAUUAGCUGCCUAUUUCUUCAGAGAUUGGCACCAUUUUCAACUAGCUAUAUCCCUUCCUGUUGUCCUUUUAUUGUCGUAUUACUGGCUGGUCCCAGAGUCACCCAGGUGGUUAUUCACAGUCGGAAAGUUGGAUGAAGCAAGUAAGAUUCUGCAGAAGGCCGCUGAGCGGAACAAUCUACCCACGGAAAACAUUCGAAGUGACUUAGAAAAGACCUUCAAAGAGAAAGAUAGCAAGGAUGAAACCUCGAAAGGGAAUGUAGUUGAUUUGUUCCGAACACCAAACAUGCGUCAAAAAAGCUUAAUUUUAAUAGUUACAUGGUUCAUAUGUGGGUUGACCUAUUUUGGAGUUGCACAAUAUGUGGGUCAUGUAGAAGGAGACAUUUUCCUAAACGUGGCGGUUAGUGCCCUCCUGGAGCUGCCUGGAACUGUGAUUUGUAUUGUGAUGAUGAAAUAUUUCGGACGACGGGUUUCAGUGAUGAUAUCAUGUGCAUUAACAGGCGUGGGGAUGUUGUGUAUCGCUUUUAUAUCGAGGGACAUGCAAUCGCCAAUAGUUGCCUUAGCUUCAAUUGCCCUUGUAUCCAUGAGUAUCGCAUACCAGACAUUUUACUUGUACGGAUGUGAGCUGUUUCCUACAGUGGUGCGGAAUGUAGGGGUAGGAAUAUGUUCGAUGUCAGCUCGGGCAGGAUCCACUGUGGCUCCGUUUAUAGUCGGUUUUGGGACAAGAAACUAUCUAGUGCCGCCAAUUAUUUUCGGAGUACUUCCUUUGACAGGAGCUCUCUUAACAUUUUUCUUACCGGAAACUAAGGGGUUUGUUCUACCGGAAACGAUCGCAGAUGGAGAAAAAUUUGGAAAGAAGGAAGGAAAGGUGAAAACUUGAAAUAUUGGAUGAAAUUGUUAUGUAGUUUCGUCACUUAUCGUUGUUAUGUAGUUGGUGUUAGCUGAUAAGAAAUGAGUUAGUAAAGUAAAUAAUGACUUUUAUGUAUUUAUUUAUAGAAUUAAAUGUUUAUGUUUACAUAA